AUGGAGUCCCCAAAGAGGAAGCCCAAGUGUCGGAUGUUUCGAUUGUUCCGAUGUUUCAAUGCCAACGGCGUCGCUUCGCCGGAACCGAAGAAAACAGACCCGCUUCUCACCUACAUUGCCGUGCCGGAGAGACAAAUGUUUCCGAACGUGUUCUCGUCGGCGUUCACUGCAGCCAAAGGCGGCGAGGGAGACGCGAGUCACAGGAAAAAGACGGACAGAGAUAAAAAUAAUAGAAAAAAAAGUAACAACUUUCUUCGCCGGUCUCUCACGGCGGCUUUGAGUCACACGCCAUUGGCCAAGAAGAUACACAAGAGGAAAAUAAACAAUGAUAGUUUCUCCAGAGAAAAUUCAACCAAUUCAUCGAACAUUUCUUCCUAUUCUCGUAGUUCACGUGGAUUCACCCCAACUUCAACAUCAUCACUUUCAACUUCAACCAAUUUAAGCACUAGUUCAACUGGUACAAUGACUUCAAGCUCAUUCUGCGAACCGUGCUUAACCAGAUCCUUGGCAAUGAACAAUGGAACUUAUAGGGUGGUGAAUCAGAAGCAAAAUGAUGGAGGCAGUAGAAGAUGGUAUUGUGGUUCAAACAUGGCUUUGAGUGUGCUUUUGAUCACUAGUAUUCUGGUUUUGAUUCUGUGGGGUAGGUUUUGUGCCAUAGUUUACACCUCAAUAGGGUUCUUUGUGGUACCUAAUCGUCGCAGAAGAACUUGUGAAGAAACCGAGUUUUGUUCGGUUGGGUAUAAGAAACUUUAUAAUGACACACUGAACCUUCAAAAAAAAAAAAAGAUGCACCCUUACCAGAACCAUCCCGCACUGGAUUCCGACCCGCAGCUGCCGCAAAUCAAAAUCCACCACCCCUCCUCCCCGCGCCACCCCUCCCCCGCGGCGGCCACCCCCACGCCCACAGCCGGUGCGCGCCGCAAAAUCGGCGUGGCCGUUGACCUCUCCGACGAGAGUGCCUACGCGGUGCGCUGGGCGGUGCAGCACUACAUCCGCCCAGGAGACGCCGUGAUCCUGCUUCACGUCAGCGCUACCAACGUCCUCUUCGGCGCCGACUGGGGCUCCAUCGACCUCUCCAUAAACACCGACCCGAAUUCCGAUGAGGAGGCCGUCAACUCCGUCAACAACAACGACCACACCAGCAAGCGCAAGCUCGAGGACGACUUCGAUGCCUUCACGGCGUCGAAGGCCGCGGAUCUCGCGAAACCGUUGAGGGAAAUGCAGAUUCCGUACAAGAUCCACAUCGUGAAGGACCACGACAUGAAGGAGAGGCUGUGUUUGGAGGUGGAGAGGCUCGGGCUGAGCGCGGUCAUCAUGGGGAGCCGCGGGUUUGGUGCUGUGAGGCGCGGGAGCGAUGGGAGGCUCGGGAGUGUGAGUGAUUACUGUGUGCAUCACUGUGUUUGUCCUGUGGUUGUUGUGCGUUAUCCUGAUGAUGUUGCUGCGACGGCCGAGGCGGUUGUGGCGGUGAAGGAGGGGGAUGAGGGUGAGGCGGUGAUCCAGCCCCACAAGAAAGGUAGGGUCUUUCAGGUUCUUCAUUGGUUGAGCUUGUCUUUACGGAUUAUGAUAGGAUAUCCGGUAAUGGUUUUGGUUGGUCCCCUUGGAGUUAGUAAGGACAUUGUGGGUUCUAUCAUAAGCGAGGAGUUAGUGGCUGCCGUGGUUCAAGAAUCGAUGUGGACGGUGUUUGAAGAUGAGGGUCUGAUUAUUGAAUAA